AUGCCGGCCGCGAAGGAGGUGUCGAGGUGCACGCCGGUGAAAGUGGAAGGCAGUUUCGUGUUCGAGAUCUGCGGGUACAGCCAUCACAGGGGCAUGGGCGUCGGCAUGUUCAUCGGGUCCGACCGCUUCUCCUUGGGGGGCUAUGACUGGGAGAUCCGCUUGUACCCUGACGGGCAACACACUCGAGACUACAUCACAAUCUACCUCGAGCUCUUGAGCAAGGACGCCAAGGUGCACGCAUCGUGCGACCUCAGGCUGGUCGACCAGAUCACCAAGUUGCCGUGUUCCGUGCACAAGACGGAGCCGAGGAUGUUCUGCCAAAACAAUGACAGCAGGUCUGCUCCACCCAACGGCACUCAGUUCAUAAAAAGGGGUGAUUUCGAAGCAUCGGUGUACCUUCGCGAUGACUUCCUCCAGAUCAACUGCGCCAUCACAGUCAUGAAAAAACCUCGGGUCUCUAGGAUAAAACCACCCCCUAGAAUCGAGGUGCCACCUUCCGACAUCAUUGCGCAUCUUGGCAGGCUGUUAGAAGCAAAGGAGAAGGCAGAUGUCACAUUCAGUGUUGCAGGGGAGUCUUUUACGGCACACUGGAUCAUCCUCGCCAUGCGGUCGCCUGUGUUCGACGCGGAGCUCUAUGGGCAGAUGAGGGAAACGAGGGCACAGCUCGUAACCAUCGAAGAGAUGCAGCCUGAUGUCUUCAAGGCACUGCUCUAUUUCAUCUACAAUGAUGCGUUGCCAUCUGCUUUUGAUGAUCUUGAGAGAGAAGGUCAUAUUGAAAUGGUUCGGCACUUGCUAGUGGCCGCGGAUCGAUAUGCCAUGGAGAGACUAAAGCUGUUAUGUCAAAGCCUCCUUUGCGAGAAUAUUAACUCGCAGACCGUGGCAACCACGUUGGGUUUGGAUGAUCAACAUCACUGCGACGACCUUAAGGAAGCUUGCAUUGAAUUUAUGUCCACUUCACAUGAUAUGGAUGCUGUGGUGGCAACCCCUGGUUAUGAAAAUCUCAAAAGAAAUUCCCCUUAUAUCCUGGUGGAUGUAUUGGAGAGAUCUAGUAAGCUUCGCAAAACAUAG